AGUAGAUCUGCGACGAGAACCCGAGGCGAUUGGUCGUUGAUCUCUAUUGGAAAGAGCGUGUGCUUGUAAGUCCGCAAUGAGGGUAUCUGGCAGGGUUGUUUGCUUGCUGACAGCUUGUAGAAUGUGAGCAAACGAGCAUUGUUCGCCGGCUCUGCAAGUGCCUUUAGAAAAAAAGCGGCAUGGAGGUGGAAACCGGCGUGCUUGAGGUUGAUUCAACAUUGAAUAAAUAAGCUAUAAAAAACACGACUCUAAAAAUUAAAGUGGCCAAUUUAUUCCAGGCGCUCCAGUGCAGGCCAAUUUUCCCAAUAAAGACUGCAGCCGCAUCUGUGCAACCAUACCCUCCAUCUUCAUGGACACAUUUCAUCAAACCGCCCCAGAAUCAACGCGUGGACUGUUUGAUCUUCCAGAGCAUGCUACCCCUUCAAGGGACGCUUCAAAACGUCGCUCGGGACAGGUUCUGGCCGUCAACAGCAGUGUAAAUAGUGCCUCAGAUGGUUCAACAUCUGCAAGAAACUCGAUCAAACGACCCGUUCGAUCACAUUCUCGAUCAAAAUCGGCUAUCACAUCAGAUAUGUUCGAUAAUCAAGCUAGACGUGGAGGGCAGAACGCGUUCGGCCUGCAAACCUUGGCGGAGGAGACAUCGGCUAACACCUCAAAGGAGAUGAAACGCCAGUCAUCAGCUGGUAAUGGUCCCCAGUCGUACAAGGCUGCUCUAUCUCAAGAUCAGGAUGAGUCGGUUGCCAUGUCCUCUUUGCAAGAUAUGAUCAAUACGCUCAAGUCCUUGCCGCCUAUACCGUCCACCAAUAGAUCUUCCACACAGAACGGUGCGGAUGAAGCUCCAGUUCGUCGAGGUCAUCGCAAGCAACAAUCCUUAUCUGCGAUCAACCUGCAGAAAAGCCGAUUCUCCCAGUCGUUUGAGCAAGGCCGUAAUCUUCAUUCUUCCAUUCAGGAAUUUCAUACUAUACCCGAGGUACCAGAAAAGAGAAGCAGUAGGCUCUACAGCAUUCCUCAGAACGGUAAUCGCAAAUCUGAUGAUGAAGAUGGCGCUGAUAACUAUUCUCGUGGAGAUGCUCUUGCGGAAGCAGAGGCAAAGUUGAUGGGAACUUAUAAGCGUGAUGACUCUGCAACCGACAGCUCCAAUACUUCAGCAUCAAAUAAAGAGAGAAGGAGAUCCGGACGCAGAUACUCGGAUUCGAAUGGUAGCGACCGCCCUUCCUUCAGCACCGUAGCUGCUGCCAAUUCGUUUUCCAAGCGCACAUCGCUUCAACUUCCAACACUUACAGAAACAAGUGAAGAUCCCAAUGGUAACAAGAGCAAGCGAUUGACUUUUAAUAAGCCCUUGGAUCUUUCAUUAGAGAAGAAGGGCCAUAGACGUUCUACCUCCAGAAACUUCGAUUCCGAUUGGAGAGCAGGCGCCGGUAAUAACUCGCUUCUAGCCCCUCCAUCUGUGCCAAGCUCUAGAUCGUUCAAUUUGGUUCCAUUUACUCCUACCAAGGUCAACUUCGCCAGAGACGAUGCGAACCCUCAUCAACGUCGUCCACUAUUUGCAGCCCAUCUGCCUUUCUCUGCGCUUGGUCCGCUGUUCAAAGCACGCCAGCUGAUUCGUGGUACUCUGCGUGUGAACAAACGAAACCGUUCAGACGCUUAUGUCACAUCGGACGAUUUGGAAUCAGAUAUCUAUAUCUGUGGUUCUCGUGAUCGUAACCGAGCCCUAGAAGGCGACGUUGUGGCUAUCAAGCUUGUAGAUGUGGAAAAGGUUCUUCGAGAGAAGAAAGAAAAGGAAGAAGCAAAAUUAGCAAGAAACGGAGGCAAGGCACCAGCCCGUAGACCAGAUGAGGAAGAUGAAAAUGAAAUCAUUUUUGGUGGAGAUGAUGAUGUUGACAAGGUGAAGCCCAAGUACAGUGGUGUCGUUGUUGCCAUCUUGGAAAGAGCUCAAAACCAAGUAUUUUCUGGAUCGCUUACCUUGAUGCGUCCUAAUACUAAACGCUCUCAAGACGACAAGUCGGAGGAUGCGAAGGAGGCUCCUAGAAUCGUGUGGUUCAAGCCUACCGACAAACGUGUUCCACUGAUUGCCAUUCCUAUUGAACAAGCUCCUGAGGAUUUUGUUACCAACACUGCCGUAUAUGAGCACAGAUUGUUUGUGGGUUCCAUCAAACGCUGGCCUAUUACUUCACUCCAUCCAUUUGGUACCCUUGAGCGUGAGCUUGGUGUCAUCAAUGAAAUCAGUGUUCAGACACAAGCUCUCUUAGCCGAUAACAAUGCUCCCAUGGCUAAUUUCUCUGAAGCUGUGAAGGCAUGUCUCCCCGAACUGCCCUGGGUUUUGACCGACGUCGAAGUAUCUCAGCGCCGUGAUUUGCGUUCCCAGCGUGUAUUUACCAUUGAUGCUCAGGAUGCCAAAGUAUUGGAUGAUGCCAUCUCUGUACAAAAGUUGGGCGAUGAAACAUACGAAGUCGGUGUGCACGUUGCUGAUGUUUCUUCCUUCAUUGAACCACACUCUCCUCUCGACAAGGAAGCAAGAGCUCGCGCUAGUUCGGUUGACUUGAUUCAUACCACUGUUCCACUAGUACCCAGUGAACUCACAAAUGAGGUUACCAAUCUAAACAAGGGAGAAGAUAGACUCACCUUGUCCGUUAUAUGGAAGGUCAGCAAGGAGGGCAAAAUCUUGGAUACAUGGUUUGGUAAAACCGUUGUGAACUCUGUUGCUCAGCUUGCUUACGAGGAUGUUGAGAAUAUACUUGCGGGACAACCUUAUGAAAAUACCCCUGCUGAUACCGACGUUGCGGCUCAUCUCAUUGAGGACAUUCAGGCGCUGGACGAAAUCUCGACCACUUUGCUUAACAGUCGUUCUCACACUGGAGCAAUGUGCCUUACUCGUGAUGAACUCGUAUUCGAGUUUGGUGAAGAUCAAGUCCCCACCGGCGUCACUAUCAAGGAAAAGAAAGCUAUUCGUAAAAUCAUGAGAGAGUUCAAAAUUCUUGCAGAUGUGAGUGUCGCUCAAAAGGUGUCCAGCUGUUUCCCUGAACAGACCAUUUUGAGAAGACAAGCUCCUCCAUUGGAGCGAAAAAUUGUCGAAUUGCAUCAAUAUGUUAAAAAACUUGGUUACAACAUCGACAUAACGUCCUCGGAGGGAAUUCAAACAUCUUUGAAUGCCAUUCAGGAUGAACAGCUUCGCAAAGCAAUCACCAUCAUCAUUCUCAAGACAUUGCAACCUCCUAAAUAUUUCUGUACCGGCACUAUGGAUAUCUUGAAGUACUCUCACUACUCACUCAACAUCCCACUUUUUGCUCACUUUACAUCACCUUCUCGUCGCUUCGCUGACUUGAUUGUGCAUCGCCAACUGAAGAAUGCAUUGGAGAAGGAACCCCAGUUCUACUUGGACCGGGAUACAGUGCAGAAAACAUCCCAACACUGUAACGUAAAGAAGGAAGCCGCUUUGAAUGCAAGAUACCAGAGCAGCAUGUUAUUCCUCGCUCUUUACUUCAACAGCUUGGCCAAAAAAGCAAACAGCAAUGUAGUGUUUGCUGAUGCUAUCGUGAUUGCUGUGUUCGACGGAUACUUCGACGUGAUCUUGACUCAAUUCGGAUUCGAGAAACGCAUUCAUACCGAUAACUUGCCUCUCAACUCCCACCAAAUGGAUCCUAAUAGCGACAAUUUGACUUUGUUCUGGAAGAAGGGUAUCUCCACCACGGCGCUCAACAGCGAAUUUGCUUACCUCGAAGAGGAUGAUGAAGAUGUGGAGUUGGAUGAAGAUGCACUUGCCGACGAAAUGCAGAAGAGUGAACCAUCCGACGACGGCAGUGACCCCGUCAUCCAUGACAACAGCGUUGAAGCAAAACCGCAAAAUGGAAAGAUGGAUACCAAGGAAGAAGAUGUCAGGGCUUUAGCUAUUAGUAACGAUGUGGAGGAGGCAACAACAGAUACCCCAGUAGUCGCUUACAAGCGCCUAAGCAAACGUAAUUCAAGUGCCAUGAUGUUUGCUCCUAGCCACUCCGGCUCACAAGGCGGCCCUAUAUCUAAUCCAACGUAUGAUGGCAUGCAAUGCUCACAAACGAUCAAGCCUUUGGAUUCAAUCAAGGUGGCUAUCCACGUUGAAAUGACUCAAACUCCACCUCUGCUUAGAGUGCUUGCAGCAAAUCCAUUUAUGUAACUGCCUUGCCUACUAUCCCGUUUCUUUCGUUUCUAUUAUUUUGCAUUCAUACUAUCCUCUCUUUUGGGCUUAAUGCCGCCAAACGACAUUCAUUUUAU